AUGGCCUUUGUUUUUGAUGUCCACAGUUCAGACAGAGCGUGGCCUUCCAGAAGCAGCCACAACUUUCUUGCUUCCAAGAAGCAUGCUAACGCUGAGAAGAAGCAGCGCUACGUCAAGUCCAUCGGUCUUAAGAUCGAAACACCCAAGACAGCUGAAGAGUCGGUGAGUACAUCUGAUGCCAAGUGUCCAUUCACAGGCACAGUCUCCAUCCGUGGCCGUCCUCCGUGGUGUCGUCGUUUCUACAAGAUGCGCCGCACAAUCAUCAUCCGCCGGACUACCUUCAGUGGAUCCGCAAGUACAAGCGUUUCAGAGAAGCCGCACACAAAGAUCCCCAGCUCACAUUUUCCCCAGCUUUCCUCGUCAAGGAAGGUGAUCUUGUUACAGUCGCUGAGUGCCGCCCACUCUCCAAGACAGUCCACUUCAACGUUAUCCACGUUAAGCCAGCCGCUGUUCGGUGCUGACAAGAGACAAUUCCGUGUUCUCUAA